UUUUCUGGGUAAUAUUGAACUGAUUAUAAUUGUUUACCGAUGUCCUCUGAUAAUUCGACUCAAGAACAAUGGACUCCAUACCAGGAUUUCUAUGAUGGUUGUGUUAAUGGGCUAUUACCCAUUUUAUUCUUAACAAUAUAUGGCCCUAAACCAUCUCCGUACCUAGGCAAAUUUGCUUAUUUCAUGGAUGAUGUUCUCGUUUUAGGCUUAUUGUUAUUUGGACCAUUCACUGCAAUGUUUUUCAUUGAAAUCCUCAAGGAAAAAUAUAUUUUGGGUCUCUUUUCUGUAGCUAUAUUUUACGGUGGUUCUGCUCUUAUAUUUUCGAUUGUUUCAUAUGUAACUAUUAUGUCCAAUAAUUAUGCACAAUUUUUAGUGGAAGGCUACUCAAUUGCGAUAUUGUUUCAAAAUAUUACAUGGAUUAUAUUUUCUUUUAAAUCUAAUACCAUGAUGCCUUUAUUCGGAAAAAUAGUCUCUCCAAUUUUAUUGUUUAAUCACAUGGUAUAUUACUUCAUGUUAAGAGGGUUCUUAGUUUCUAUUAUCAUACAACUUAUUUAUCAAAUGAUUUGGUUAUCAGUGUUUCUAAGUAAUAACUAUUACCAAACAAAGACAUACAUAGCUUUGACUAUACUCGCAGUUGGAAGAUUGAUUUUCUAUAUAACUGAAAAUGAAAAGGAAACUGAAAACAAAAAUAAAAAAGCGAAUAUUUGUGGUUUUUUAAACUUUUGUUCGAGAAAUCCUUCAGGACAAUUUACAGUAAUAAUUAAAAGAAUUUUUUCAAAAGAAUUGAAAGAAGGAUCGAAAAAAGAUUUAAAAGAAUUGAAAGAAGGAUCAAAAAAAAAUUUAAAAGAAUCAGAAGAAGGAUCAAAAAAAGAUUUAAAAGAAUCAAAAGAAGGAUCGAAAAAAGAUUUAAAAGAAUCGGAAGAAGGAGCGGUUAUUGAUUUAAGAAUCGAUUAA